AUGGUGAAGCUGUUCAUCGGGAACCUGCCGCGGGAGGCGACGGAGCAGGAGAUCCGCUCCCUGUUCGAGCAGUACGGGAAGGUGCUGGAGUGCGACAUCAUCAAGAACUACGGCUUCGUGCACAUCGAGGACAAGACGGCGGCCGAGGACGCCAUCCGCAACCUGCACCACCACAAGCUGCACGGCGUCUGCAUCAACGUGGAGGCCAGCAAGAACAAGAGCAAGGCCUCCACCAAGCUGCACGUGGGCAACAUCAGCCCCGCCUGCACCAACCUAGAGCUGCGCGCCAAGUUUGAGGAGUACGGCCCCGUCAUCGAAUGUGACAUCGUCAAGGACUACGCCUUCGUGCACAUGGAGCGGGCCGAGGAUGCCGUGGAGGCCAUCCGGGGGCUGGACAACACCGAGUUCCAAGGCAAGCGGAUGCGCGUGCAGCUGUCCACCAGCCGGCUGCGGACGGCGCCCGGGAUGGGAGACAAGAGCGGCUGCUACCGCUGCGGGAAGGAGGGGCACUGGUCUAAGGAGUGCCCGGUCGAUCGCCCGGGGCAAGUGGCGGACUUUGCCGAGGCCUAUAACGAGCAGUACGGAGCCGUGCGCACUCCCUACACCGCGGGCUAUGGGGAGACCGUGUAUUACGAUGAGGCCUACGGCGGGAUGGCCGACUACUACAAGCGCUACCGCGUCCGCUCCUACGCCACGGCCUCGGCGUACGACGCCUACGCGGAGCAGACCAUGGCCCAGUACUCCCAGUACGCCCAGUACUCCCAGGUCCAGUCCUCGGCCAUGGCCGCCACCACGGCCAUGGCCGGCCGCAUCCCCACCACCUUAGACGCGUACGACCGAGCGCUGCUGCCCACCCCGGGCGCGGCGGCCGCCGUCGCCGCCGCCGCCGCCACCGCCGCGGCCGCCGCCGCGUCCUCCACGUAUUACACCCGGGACAGGAGCCCCCUGCGCCGCACGGCCGCCGCGGCCAGCACCGUCGGAGAGGCGUACACGUACGAGCGUGGGCAGCUGUCGCCCGUCUCCUCGGUGGCCCGGGCGUCCCUCUACGACCUGCAGCGCUUCGAGCGGGAUCCCUACGGGGAGCGGGCGCGGUACUCCGCCUUUUGAGGAUCACCGCGGACCCCCCGGGACUCGCCGCCGCUGCCAUGGCUCCGCAGCCCCCGGAUGUCGCCGCCGCGCCAGGUCAGACGUGCCCCGGGUCACCGCCGCCGCCGCCGCGUCCCCUCCCCAUCACCGGGAUUCCCCGUCCCCACCGGAGCCGCCAGAGCCGCCGCGUCCCAGCGCCCGCGUGUCCCUGUGGCCGGGUGUCCCCGAGUGUCCCCGGGUGUCCCCGAGUGUCCCCCCUUGUCCCCUCACCUCUCUGCUCUCUUCCAGGUGCGGCGGCCUCGGAUGGAGCCGUGUCCCCCCCGCCUGAGCCCCCCCUUUUUGUACGGAGCUUCCCCAGGGUCCCCUCCGCCCGGGCGGGGACACCCCCGGCCUCACCUGCCCCUUUUCCAGCAAAAUAAACAUUUUCACCGAUUUCUGUCACCGAA